UCACACAUCCGGCUAACAUGCAACUGUAGGAUCAAAAAUUAAAAUAAAUAAAUGAAAUUAAUUUAUACCUCUUCAUAUUACUCUUUUGGUAGUUGGAAAUGGAUUAAACAGUCAUGGGUGUAAGAUUUUGUUUGGUUCUUAUUUGUUUUUGUUUUUUUUGUCUAACUUUUGUCUAGUAUAGAAUUAGUCCAUCAUUGUUAGAACGUUUCUAGUCAUUGAAAUAGGAAUUUGAUGGGAUCCAGAUCCAGACUGUCAAUUGUUUAUGACUGAUGGUUUACUUAAAGAGGAAAUAACCACCUCAACCUAGUGUCACAGCAUAAGACAUUUUAGCAAAACAGUGAGGCAGAAGCCACAAACAGCGCGUUCCCUGGAAAGAGAGAUGUGUUUAUCUCUGAUCUGUUGUGGGUUGAUGCUGUUUUCUUCAGUUUUCGCGUUUGGCAAUGCGGCAGUGAAGCACACUACAACUUUAUUUGUCAAUCAUGGAGAGUCUGCCAAAAUCAGAUGCAACUACAGCCGAACAGAUGACACAGAAAUCAUGACAGUGGAACUUAAAACAUUUAAUCAUACAUGCAUGUGUUCAUACAUACAUUUGAAUUCAUGGCAAAAACAAAACUGUAAAGAUCAUAUCAGAUUCAUAUGGAUUUCAGAGGCUGAGGAAAUAUCAUUUGAACUAUUAAAUCUCCGUAUUAAGGAUACCGACACAUACACCUGUACUGUGAGGAGGACUGCAAAACCACCUCAAAUGGACCUGGGAGUUCAAAGAGUUCAAGUUAUAGUGUAUCCCGUCUUGUCUCUGUCCUGUGUGAAGAGGCCUGACGGAUCUCUCAUGAUUCUGUGCUCUGCGGAAUUUUCCCACGAUUCUCUUGAACAGUUGUGGAUCAGAGACGGACACAUCCUCGAAAGCUCAUUCUCAAACAAAUCAUUCAAUGGAUCCUUUAGUCAGCAAUCAUACCUUAUACUGCCACCACAAACCUUCAAUGAUACAAUCUACUCCUGCUGGGUAAACCACUCAUCAUUAAACAAACCACUGGUGGCCAAUUUAUCAAGCUCUGUAUGCUAUGAAAGUGGGGGUGUACCUGUGACUGUGACAGUAGUGUUUGUCAUGUUGACAGUGGUGUUGACUGUCUUUUUGAUCACUCCAGUCAUACGUCAACAUUACAGUAAGUCUCAAAAGAGCACGUCAGCAGUCUGUGUCUCCUGUAGCAGUGAAUUUCACACCUGAGCCUGUCCUCCAUGAUCACCUGCAGUCUGAGAUACUGUACUCAACACUGGGUGACCAUCAUCCAGUCCCGUGCAGCCCUGCCGUUGUCCGAUCAUUUGUACAAUAAACACUGAAU